GUCUCAGUUAUGUUUCUGCCACUCCAGCAAACAUGCACCAAGCUGUACACAUUAUUUGUGGCACUGGUGAUUCACACAAACUCUAUAUCUAUUGGUAUGUCACAAGGCUUCUCAGCCGUUCUAAUACCACAGUUGGAAAACAGCUCGAUAAAAAUAGAUAGUGAAGACGCAUCAUGGAUUGCCAGUUUGGGAGUGAUAUCGACACCCGGAGGUGCCUUGAUCUCAGGACUUCUUGCAGAAGCCGUCGGAAGGAAAACGACUCUUCAAAUCACAGCAUUCCCGUUUCUUUGCGGUUGGAUCCUAAUGGCACUUGCACAGAACAAAAUAUGGUUAUGCAUCGGAAGAUUCAUCACUGGAUUUGCUAUUGGGAUGGCGGCAACUAGUUAUGUGUACUUAGCUGAGAUCAGCUUACCAUCUGAAAGAGGAAUGCUUGCUUCACUUGGGCCAGUUUUUGUCUCGUUUGGCGUUUUAUUGGUCUACUGCUUUGGAUAUUUUAUGGAUUGGCACCUCGCUUGCAUUGUGUGUGCUGCGACUGCUGCGUUCAGUUUUGUCGUCAUUCACUUCUUGCCGGAGACACCACCAUACCUUGUAUCAAAAGGAAAAUACGAGGAAGCGCAAAACACACUUUUUUCGCUAAGAGCAUCUAGAGACGUGGCUGAAAAAGAAAUGAACCAAGUGUUACUAUCCAUUCACAAAAAGAAGACGCUCUCACUUACGGAAUAUCUUUCUCAGCUUAAAGAGCCAGGCGUGUGGAAACCAUUCCUCAUCCUCGUUUUCUUUUUUAUUUGCCAGGAAGGCUCAGGGAUGUACAUAUUGGUCUACUACAUGACCAACAUUUUCCAAGAUAUUGGGUCUGUAUUUGACAGCUCGGUUGAAUCGAUAAUUGUAGGAGGUGUGCGGCUUUUUACGAGUGCUGUUGGAUCAAUCUGUAUCCAAAAUUUUGGCCGUAGACCGCUUGCAAUGUUCUCUGGAUUGGGAAUGGGUAUUUCAAUGGGUUGUGCUGCCAUUUAUGAAUAUAAAUUUGGCCAUUUGUUCAUCGAAGACAGGCCUUGCCCGUACAUACCUUUGAUAUGUUUUAUUCUGAACGUGGUUGCUAGCAUGUUGGGAAUGCUCCAACUGCCAUGGCUUAUGAUCGGUGAACUUUUUCCUUUAUCAGUACGAGGAGCGAUGAGCGGAGUCGUAUCAUCAUUAGCUUAUUUAUUUAUAUUUGCACUUAUCAAAGUUUAUCCAAAUUUAAUGUCGUUGGAAUUGUUUGGCAUGAUGGGGUUGUUCAGCAUAAUAUCACUUAUGGCUGUUGUAUUUGUAUAUUUUUUCUUACCUGAGACCCAAGGGAAACUUCUAAUCGAUAUUGAAAAUUCAUUUAAAAAGGCAAAAACAGAGCAAAUAUCAGAUCCAAUUUACAUCCUUAAAAUACCAUGCUCUUCUGAUGCAGCCAUGAGAGGAAAUUUUUUCUUUGAUGAAGCAAUGGUCUUCGCAUAUUCUCUUCGUCCGAUCAGGAAAAUUUCUCACAGAACUUGUUUUCAAAUGAGAAAAAAUAUGCACAGUCCAAAAAGAAUAAAGAUCACAGACGUAAAUCCACAUUUGCUUUGUGUUCUGUGCGGAGGAUACUAUAUUGAUGCGACUACAAUCAUCGAGUGCCUCCAUUCAUUUUGUAAAAGCUGUAUAGUCAAGUAUUUGGAAAAGAACAAAUACUGUCCUAUCUGUGAUGUUCAAAUUCAUAAAACGUUCCCCCUUUUAAAUAUCAGAAGUGAUAAAACUUUACAGAAUAUUGUCUAUAAGCUAGUCCCAUCCCUUUUCAAAGAUGAAAUGCAAAGAAGGGUAUCCUUUUAUGAGAAAAAUCCAAACUUAUUACCGUCAGUACCUGAAGAUAGGGGAGAAAUAACAGAUACGACUCCGAUCCUCUUUCCGGAUGAACUUCUUAUAAUCAGUUUAGAUUAUCAAAAUGAUAAAAAUCCAGAACAGGUACCAAAAAGAUACUUUCACUGUCCGGCAUCUAUCACUGUUGCACAUCUUUCAAAACUUAUACGAGGCAAAUUCAGUCUUUUGCCAACUCAUCAAGUAAACAUAUUUUUUAAAGAUGACUUCCUUCAAGAAAAUCUUACUUUAAUGGACAUUGUCUAUACUUAUCAGUGUAGGAGGAAAGUUCCUAUUCAAUUAACAUAUCGGAUAUUGGAACUGAAAAAGAAGACGAUCAAGUUGAUGCCUCCUGUUGAAAAAAAGGAAGAGAAAGUUGAAAAUGAAUCUCCAAAACAAGAAGCUGAUGUUAAGAUGGAAACAGACAAGGACGAAACUAAGGUAAAACCAAAUGACAGCGUUGAAAAAAAUGUCGGGAAAUUAGAGGCCAAACCGCUGAACUCUGAAAGCUGGAAAGAGGUCCAGCUGCAAAUAAGUGAAAAUGGUGUGAUGAGUGUAAGGAAUAUGGAGAACAGUGAGUGUUCCCCGAAACCAGCAGUUGAAGCGCCUGUGUGUAAAGUUCAGUCGACUGCUCCUCCGACACAUCCGACAGCUAGCAUGUCUGCAAUAACAGCCUCUUUGUUGACUACGACUGCUACUACUACAAUUACGACAAGUAGUACUAGAACAGAAGUUCAGCCUACACUCCAGUCUAACGGUCCGGCAGUUUCCAUUCCGGGAACAAAACUCACUAUGACCCCAUCAGGAUUCAGUUCAGUUCCGCGGUCGUCGACACAACCUAUACUAAGUGUUAGUAAAGUAACUAAGGACCAAGUAAAAAAAAACUUAAACAGUGUCGAAGUAAACAAAUUGAGCAUAAGUCGAGUUCUCCCUGGAAAGUUCAAAGAGAAAAGCGAGACACUUAAUAAAAUAGUGAGUAAAUUGAGUCCAAAUGAAAGAGUUAUCGGAAAUACAUCAGUUACAAUUCGACCUGUUGUGUCCCCUACACCAAAACCCAAUAACCCUGCAAGUCCAAAUCUCCCUCCGCAUCCUGCAAACACCCCACAGGCGAAGACUUUAAAGCCAGAACGAAAACCUCAGCAGACUAUUAAAUACAAAACCCUGACUUCACCUACAAAACAGUGGAAUCCGAGUAUAGAUAGGACUACCAUGUUAACACUGAAACAAAAUUGUGAUAUGUCUAAACCACCUAGAUUCUUCAAAAUGCGCAACAUGCCGAGAUAUUUGGGAAAUCCGGCUUCAGGGGUUAAACCCAUGUAUGCAGGUAGUGAAGAACCGACACACAAGGAACUGCAGAAACCUAGGUCUCCAACAAAACUACCACCUCCUUAUACACCAGGUGCGCCAAAAAAUCUGAAACCUUUUUCAGAUAAGACUUCAUGGGGCCCUGCUAUGCCUAGUCCUGCACAUACCAGCCCAUUUCUCCCUCCUACUAAUCCUUAUCAUUUAUUUUAUUCUGGAUUUCACAAUCCUUAUUCGAACCCAGAUUCCUCAUCCUUGCUCGUAGGGAGUAACACGGACCUCUUGAGGUCGAUGGCGUUUCACGCUUCCCUCCGACCUUCUAUAAAUAUGAUGUUCAAUCCUUUGCAUAACAUUACCCGCCCUUCCUUGGAUUCACCUCCAACAAUUCAAAGAAUACCAAGGUCAAAGUCGCCCUUAAAAAUUGAAGACAGGCCCGAUAAAACUAACCAUACACCAGCAUCGACCUCAGCCAAUUCUAAACCGAUUGAACCACCAAAAUUACCCCAACCAGCAGUCAGUGAAGCACCACCAGUAAGCGAAGCCGCUCUUCCCCCUUUGCCUCCUCCUCCCCAACCACCCCCGUCAAAAACUGAGCCUCCGCUUGAAAAAAUGGAUUGUAGUGAACCUCCAAUUAAUAAUAAUAUCCCUUCAGCUCAGCCUCCCCCUAAACCGACAGAAGAAAUAGUUCCAGCACAAUAGUGCUGAUAUCUUUACAUUGACUUCUUAUUUGCUAUAACUUGUUUUAUUUUUAAUUUUAAAAAUGUAAAAUCACAUUUCACAUCAUUGAAAUUAGAAAUUUCAAUUGAAACUUGGUUACAUGAAAUGUGCGAAACAUUGUUUUAGCGACGUAGUCAUUAAGCUUACAAAAUUGGAAAUAUAUAUUAUGGAAAGUCAGAAAUUUUCCAGGACAAUAUUUGAAUAUAUUUUUGCAAAAAGAUUUAUUAAUUCAGUCAAAAAUGUUGCCCUUUUUAUAUUUAAGUGGAAAGAAAUAUUCAAUGUUCAAUCUUCGAUUAGCUGAAAUAUUUAAGAUCUGUUACAACAUUUAACAAUUCUUGUAAAUUGUUAUUUAUUUAAACGAAUACUGCAUGAGACAGGCAUUUAUAUAAGAUUUAAAAUAUGGGCUUCAAAAUUUUGCUCAAUUUGUUUUUGUUUUAAUAUCAAAAUUGUAUAAAAUGGUUGUUUCUAGCAUCAAAUUUUAAAAUUGUACACAGAUAUUUAAAGAAAGAUA